AGGGACUAUUAUUUUAAACAGGAUUUCUUUGCCGAGCUUUGGAGGUUUCAUGCCUUAACGUGUGUUUUAUAGGACAGCACUUUUAACAAUACAGGUUAAAAAGUGACUUCAAUGGUUGGAAGACAGUCGAUUCGUAUGGAUGGCACUGGUUCUGUGACAGUUAUGGAUGACAGUCCCGUAUCAAGCCCUAACUCGAGCCCCAGUCCUGACACGCUCUCAGCGGACAGCCGGCGCGCAGAGGCCCUGUCCCGCACCAGGGUGGUCCCGUCUAGUGGCCUCUGUGGCAGAGGGAGACCCGCGGCAGCCAACGCAGCGCGCGAAAGGAGUCGCGUCCAGACGCUCAGACAUGCGUUCCUCGAGCUCCAGAGAACACUGCCGUCGGUGCCACCGGACACCAAACUCUCCAAACUCGACGUCUUGAUACUGGCAACCACAUACAUAGCGCAUUUAACAAGAACAUUGCAAGAAGAAGGGAUGGAAGAGGACAACACAAAACAAACUGAAGCUUUGAACUCACUUAAAGGAGAUGGCUACUUACAUCCUGUGAAAAAAUGGCCGAUGCGUUCAAGAUUAUAUGUCGGUGCCUCUGGACAGUUCCUGGGUAACUCAAAUGAAAAUCAAGGGGCAUCUUCAUCAACAUCUCAAACAUAGUUCGUUUGCACAUAAGACUUUUUGAGGUAAUGAAGAAUGAAGGUUAAAGUUAUUGUUUUAGUAAUAUUGUUGUAGUCUGUAAAAUUUAACAUGGUUG